AUGGGAACACUUUGUCCACUUCUGAGGGCCUCGGCCAAGUGGAAGACAGAUGAGCAGACUGUCCUCGCAGUGGUUCCCAAAGGGCUGCCCCUGCUGGAGAUCCGAGAAGACCUCACGGAUCAGCUAGCUCACAACUGCCAGUACUCCAGAGUGAAUGUGCCACUCGACAACCCCUUCACCACGGGGCCCAGAAGGAAACCGCGGCGAAGGAGGCGGCGGCUGGGGUGCCGCGAGCGCGCCUCACCUGCGGGAGGCGGGAGGACACGUCCCGGGCUCCCCUCUCCAGAGACCCGGCCUGCCGCGGAGCUAGGUGUCGGGUCGCCCAUCCUUCCUGCCCGCCGCCCACCGCGGCGCCUCCACCGAGCGGUCGCCGCCUGCUCGCCGCCCCGGGUCAGAGCGCGGGGCCACUGGAGCCUCGGCCGCUCGCGCCCGCUCUCCUCCGCGCCCUUCCCCUCCUUCUCCCCGCCGGCCGCGCGGCUGGAGCUGGGCGCUCCCCCCCCCCCCCCCCACUCCCGGACGCGCUCGUCGAGAGGGCGGCGACUGCGGGGAGGGAGGGGCGCCGCCCGCCUCCCGGGGCCUGGAGCGCGCGUGGCCCGGGAUCCGCCGGCGCCGCGCGGGGACUCACAGUGCAGCGCGCCGCGCCCGGACUCCGCUGGCUCGGCUCGGCGCGCGGGCGGCCCAGAGGAUGCUGGCGGGCUGCCCCGGCCUCGGCCCGCGCUCCCGUCCGGGAGGGCCCCGGGUGCGCCCCUAGCCGCGCCGCCGCCACCGCCACCGCCGCCACCGCCGCCAGCGCGGGGGCGAGAGGGAGGGGUCCGACCGCGCCGCGAGCCGCAGCCCCAGGGCGGGCGCUCCCCGGUUUCCCAGCCCCAGCCGCCUCCUUCCUCCUGCCGCCGGGCGCCCGCGGAUGCUGAGGGGCAGCCCCGCGCCUCUCCCUGCCGGAUCCCAGGCCUGACGGCGGGGGUUGGGGGGUGCUCGCGCUCCGGCCAGGGACCGGGGACUCGGGCGCUGGUGGGGCGGCGGCGCGGUCCCCGGGCGUGCUGA